UGGGCAAUUAAGAAAAGAGAGGAAAGUUGUGAAUAUCGGAUGGGUGCUUCCUUGCUUCUUUCUUCAUUCCAAACAUAUUAUAUAUAAGCCCUUCUUCUUCUUCUUCUUCUCCUUCUUCUGCUUCCUAUUCUUCCUCUCCUUCAUUUGAUUGAGGGGAAAAACGAAGAGAUGGAUCUUCUGAAUUCCUCUCUGAAGAACGAGGAGAGUCAGGGUCAAGCGGAGGAGGCUAAAAUUAAAGAAGCUUCUCAGCAGCCGCAGCAGGACAAGCCCAAGGACCAGCCAACGCCUGAUCUUUCUUCACCAGACACCACCAACAACAGGUUGGGGAAUGCGCCAUCAAGCGUUGCUCCAGCGCAUCAGCUCACCAUCUUCUACGCUGGAUCUGUCAGCGUCUUUGAUGCAGUUCCGCCUGAGAAGGCACAAGCAAUUAUGCUUAUUGCUGCCGCGGCCGCUGCAGCAUCUGCUUCUUUGAAUAGCAAGAACAAUGGCCAGCAGCAGCAGCAACAGACACAGCAGUCUCCUCCGAUGCUGAAUGCACCUGCUGCAGCAACAACUGCUGCUGCAACAGCUGCAUCCUCGCCGGCUCUCACAAGAUGCCUGUCCUUCCAAAGCUCAUCCACUGCAGCGGGAGCCUUGUCACCACCACCACAGCUGCUUGCUAACCCAACUAGCAACCUCUGCAAGCUGCAAGCUGAGCUACCAACUGCAAGGAGGAAUUCACUCCAACGUUUCUUGGAGAAACGCAGAGACAGGUUGGUGAGCAAAGCGCCAUAUACUGCAACAAAAACCACUUCAGAUGGCCUGGAAGCAGCACAGCUGGAGGUCAAGUCUCAGCUCAGCUGAGUUUCCCUCUGUGAUGCAAUUAGCUGCUGUUUUAUUAUAAUAUAUGUAUCUUCACAUUGAUGUUUAAGUGUAACAUACACUGCUUAUGUUAGACUGGGACUUCUACUAAGGACUCCUGUAUUAUUUAUUAUGUUUGUUAGACUGGGACUUCUACUAAGGACUCCUGUAUUAUUUAUUAUGUUUGUUAACACUCAAACAAUUAGACUGGUUAUGUUAUCCUUCCUACCACUUAAUCAUCA